AUGAUCUCAAAAGAAAGUACUUUUACAAUCGGAGGAAAUUAUCCAUUAAUUGAUCGUUCAUUCAAUACAUUAAGUAAUUUACUUGAUGAUCCUUUACCAAAUAAUAAUGAAUAUGAACAACAACAACAACAACAGCGAUCAAUGAUGAUGAUGAAUGGAACAACAAAUUUACCACAAUGGUCAAUGCCACAAAUUAAUUUUGCAUCAACGCCUAUUCUCAAUAUGUGUUCGGAUGAAAAAUUUCUUCAAUUUUUAAUGAGUAAAGAUUUUACGACUCGCUAUGCUGGUGAUGAUGAUCAAUAUGAAGAUAAUCGUUAUGUACAAGAACGACAUCAAAAUAUUGUUCCAACAUCUUUAAUAGAACAAAUGCAAUGUAUCACCAUUGAUAAUGAUGAUAAUCGAUUGAAAUUAGCUGCAGCCAAUGAACGUCGUCAAGCUACUCGUCAUUUUGGUAAAGUCAGUCAAAAUAUGUGUUGGUGUGCACCAUUACCAGUUAAACCGCGGGCUUAUUCGAUAAAUCCUCCUUCACUUUCAAAUAAAAUUUUUCUCGGUGGAAUUCCGCAUGAUCUUAAUGAACGUGAAUUAGCUACUCGUCUUAGUCAGUUUGGCCCUGUUCGUAUCGAAUGGCCGGCUGAAAAUAAUCGUACGCGUCGUCGAACUAAUCAUGGCAAAUCUGGAUAUGCCUAUGCAAUAUUUGAUAAAGAAUCGUCUGUACAUGAAUUACUUUUAGCUAGUUGUCAACAACCACAACGUAAUUCUGAUGGUCGUUGUGAAUAUUAUCUUAAUCUUAACAGUCAACGAUCGGCUUCGAAACGUAAAAGUAUUCAACUAAUACCAUGGUUUACGGAAGAUGCACAAUGGAUGUCGUCGAAUCGACACGAUGCAGCCAUGUGUGAAUUACUCAAAGAUGAUCCAUAUAAGACCACAGUCUUUGUUGGAGCUUUACAUGGUAUGAUGACUGCAUAUGCACUUGCUCGUAUAUUCUCUAAAUUAUUUGGUGAAGUUGAUUUUGCUGCUAUUGAUACUGAUCGUAAUAAAUAUCCAAUUGGUUCUGGCCGUGUUAUUUUUACUAGUAUUCACAGUUAUUUCAGUGCAAUGACGGCUAAUUAUGUAUUUAUUGAUUGUGAACGAUUUUCAAAAGUGAUUCAAUUGGAUCCUUAUUUGGUUGACGCUCAAACCUGUAGUGGUACAAAUGGUCAAUCAUGCACUCAAUUGGGUAAAUACUUCUGUCGAUCACUUGCCUGUUGGAAAUAUUUUUGUGACAAAUGUUGGACAAGAGCACACACGGGUAUUAAUAGUCAGCAACCAUUAACUGAAGCGCUCGCUCAUAAACCACUAAUGCGUAAUGCAAGUGUUUCUUGA